GUGAUCCCCAAACCCCAUUGAUGCUCCGUGACACAUACGAGUUGAAGAAGAGGCAAUUCCGAUAGACAGAAAGAGAUAUACAAUCAUCUGGCGUUUAUACUACAAGCAAUACAUACGUAGCUGAGGAAUGGAGGGUGAUGAAGAGGAUUUUGUGUUCUUCGGAACGCCAAUCGAGCGAGAAGAAGAUAUGACCAGCCGCAAGAAAAAAUCGAUUGCAGAAGCUUCUGGUCAGCUGCGAACCCUUGCUCCUUGGAAGCAAGAGGUAAGAGAUGAAGAAGGGAGAAGAAGAUUUCAUGGAGCAUUUAGUGGAGGGUUUUCUGCUGGUUACUUCAAUACUGUGGGCUCUAAAGAGGGAUGGACUCCACAAACUUUUACAUCAUCAAGGAAGAAAAGAGCCGAAAUUAAACAACAAGAUCUUUCAAACUUUUUGGAUGACGAUGAGAAAGCUGAAAUGGAAGGCAAUUCUUUGGGAACAUCUAUGCAGUUUGACACUUUUGGAUUUACUGCAGCAGAAAUAGCUAAGAAGCAGGCUGAGAAGGAACAAAAUGAGAGGCCAUCGGCUAUUCCUGGACCUGCACCUGAUGAAAUAAUUGUUCCAGCCACAGAUCCCAUUGGUGUCAGAUUGAUGCUGAAAAUGGGAUGGCGUCGUGGUCACUCGAUAAAAAGUUCAAGGACUAAUUCACUCUAUGAUGCUCGCAGAGAAGCUAGAAAAGCUUUUCUUGCUCUUUCUGAAGAUGCAAGCGCACCUGUUGUGGGUUCCGAGCAUGCUGAAGUUGAAGACAUGGAAACUGCUGCAUAUACUGAUAAUGUUAAUCAGUUCCACAAAAGUACUCCAGUUUAUGUGCUAAACCCAAAGCAGGAUAUGUACGGUUUAGGCUAUGAUCCAUUCAAAGGUGCUCCGGAAUUUAGGGUUUGUGUUGUAACCUCAGAAAAUAAAAGGUCACAUGAUUCGCAUCUACCUGGGAAUAGGGAGUCAGGGCACAAAAAGUUGCUGCCAAAGAAAGACGGCCUCUUCUCUUUCAAAUCAAGAAAUGUUGCGCCUGGUUUUGGUAUUGGAGCCCUUGAAGAGCUUGAUGCUGAAGAUGAGGAUGUGUACGCCUCAGGCUAUGAUUUUGAAGCUUUUGUUGAAGAAAUUGAGGAACCUUCAAGGUUGACCAUAGAGGAUAAAAAGAAGUCCAGUGUAAAGCAAGAUGGUAUUCUGCCUGGUUUUAAAGUUGCAACCAAUUCCGACUACCAGUUACAAAGAUUUGAUCCUCCAGUAGUUCCAAAGGAUUUUGUGCCGCAUCAUAAGUUCCCUGCUACACUUGAGGUCAAUCACAAAAUGGCUGAAGUUCCUCCGAAAGAGGUUCCUCUGCCUGUGGAUAAUAAUUUGAAGGUUUUAAUUGAGGGGGUUGCAACUCUGGUAGCUCGUUGUGGUCCAUUAUUUGAGGAACUAUCCAGAGAGAAAAACCAGUCCAAUGCACUAUUUGAUUUUCUUAAUGGUGGAAAUGGCCAUGAUUACUAUACAAGGAAGCUAUGGGAGGCAAGACAGAAGCAUAAUGACAAAACCAAGCCAUUAUUGAAUGAAAAAGUAGCUCCACCUGCACAGAAGAUGACAGCAGAGAGCCGUGGAAAUAUUUUAGGAGAGAAGCCUCUGAAGAAAAGUGCCAAAGAUGUGAAACCUGCUGUUCCAACCACUAAUACUGUUAAUAUUCAGUUCCAUCUAUCAGAUACGUUCAUUGAACCUGCAUCAUUUGUUGAGCCCACAGAAAUCACAAAACCAUUCCAACAUGACCCUGCAAAGCAAGAACGUUUUGAGCAAUACCUGAAGGAGAAAUAUCAUGGAGGUCUUCGUACUAAAGAUGCUGGGGGAUCAAGUAAAAUGUCUGAGGCUGCUCGUGCUCGAGAGAGAUUGGAGUUCGAGGCAGCUGCAGAGGCAGUAACACAAGGAAAAUGGGGAAAGGAAAGUAAGCCUUCUAAUCAACAGAUAUUGGGUGCAUCAGCUGGUCGAUUGCAGUUCACUUCCGGCGGAUCAGAGAAACCCGAAGUCAGUCGAGCUGAAGAAAUGAUGAAGAGUAUGUUCCCUAAGCGUGAAGAAUUCCAAUGGCGACCUGCAUCCAUUUUAUGCAAGCGCUUUGAUUUAAUUGAUCCUUAUAUGGGGAAGCCACCACCUCCUCCAAGAUCGAGGAGCAAGUUGGAUUCUCUUAUCUUUAUGCCAGACUAUGUUAAGGCUGCAACAGAAGAGGAAAGGGCCAUCUCAAAUAGCAUCUCAUCACCUGCUUCCCAAUUGGGUGAAAAAGAGGGAACAACUACCCUGGGUAUUGAAGAUAAGGUUGAGGUUGAAAAUGUCGAGAGACCAGUUGACCUCUAUAAGGCUAUAUUCUCUGAUGAUUCGGACGAUGAAGAGGGAGAUUCCAACGUCAACCAACCAGAAGACCCGACAAAGAAAAUAGAAGCUGCCAAUACAACUUUAAGUCGUUUAAUGGCCGGUGACUUUCUGGAAUCAUUGGGAAAAGAGCUUGGCCUCGAGGUCCCUCCUGAUCAACCGUACGUGGAGAACCAUCCCGAGCCACAUGCUUCUCAGAAGACAGUUCCGGAAAUCCAUCAAGAGGUACAUACACAGAAACGUGAAGCGAUCGAUUCCGAUGCCCAUAAAGACAUCAGCAGAAUAAAAGAGGGCGGCUCUAAAAAUGAAACCGUGGUAUUUAAUCAUGAAAUUACAGAAAAGGACAAAAAGGUUAAAAGGGUCGAAAAUUCUUCAGGGGAUGAGAGGAGUCAAAAACGAUCCAAGCGCUAUCGUCAUCGGAGUAGCAGUCCAGAUGGUAAUAGGGAUCGACACAGUUCACGACAUAAAGGGAGAAAGAAGGAACACAGAAAACACUCCAAGGAUCGGAAGCAUAGAAGUCACGGCUUAUCGAGCAGAUCUCGUCGUUCUGCAGAUAAAGAAUAUGGAGAUGGCAAAAGGGAGAAGAGGAAAUGGAGAGACUGAAGAAAUGAACCUAAGAAACAAGCGUCGUUUGCUAAUACAAAUCUCGAUCUCUGUUCUAAGCUCAGCCGAUUGGCGCAAAAGUUCACGAAAUUACUUUACGAUCUCCAAAACCGACACAAGUUUUCGAUUUUUAUAUCCACAUAGAAAUGUAAUAUCAUUGUAACUUGAAUAGUUAAGAGUUUUUAAAUUACAAGCUAUCUUAGGAGCAGGGUACCAAAAUGUGUUUCAAAGAAUUUCCAAAACAACCGUUUUACUUUUUGGAGUUGAAGUUAGGUUUGCAUGCAUUUUUUCCAGUGGGAUAUUGUUACGCUGCAUGUACCUAAAACAACAGA